GAUGUCUAGCAGGAAGUCGGCCGUCGGCCGUUUUGUUUUAAUCACAACAAGCCGUGUGCAGCUAGUGCUAGUCAAGUGUUCGUCCAUGGCCAUCCUUGUUUCUGUUUGUGCCUUCGACAUCAUCGUCUUGGGAAAAUGUCUGCAAGGACCACAGCAAAGUACGUGAAGGAAAAGGACCGCAGUCGUCGACAACUGGAACAUCUUUGGCUGCAGCCUUAUGUUGUGUUGCGCAGAGCAGACAUCAGUGAAGCUAUUCGUCCUAAGCAGGAGGAGCUGGACCGCACAGGCAUUAAAGAGGAAGAUGUGGGCAAAGAGGUACACCACUUCAAUGAACAAAUGGAGCAGAAGUUUCUUUCCACUAUAAAAGAGGAGGAAGAGCCGGAGCGGCCUUGUCAGAAAGAGGACGGAGAGGACUCCUGCGACAUCAAAAAGGAGGAGGAAGAUACCUGUGAGAUGCCAUUGACUGGUGUACUUGUGAAGCGUUUAGAUGAGGCUCAACGUGAGGUGAGCAAAGGGGCGGAGCCUCCAAGCUGCAGCUCUAGUCCACAUAUGACCAGAGAAGGUGAUGGAGACAACUGUGGUGGAUCACAAGCAGCUCCACUAUCCGAUAGUGAUGACGUGUUGUCACAUGUUCCUGCUGCUGCUGAUGAUGAUGACUCUCAAAACAAACACAGGCAAUGUUCUCACUGUGGAAUUUUUUUCCGUCAUAGCAGUAGUUUGAAACAACACAUGAGAAUGCACACAAAAAACAAAAACUUUUGCUGUUCAGAUUCUUGCAAAAAAUUCUCUCAGAGUGGAUCUUUAACAAUGCACACAAAAAUCCACACUGGUGAGAAACCUUUUUCAUGCUCAGUUUUUGGCCAAAAAUUCUCUGAGAGGGGAAGUUUAAAUAAGCACACAAGAAUGCACACUGGCGAGAAACCUUUUUCAUGCUCAGUUUGUGGCCAAAUGUUUUCUCAGCGGGGAGGUUUAAAUGUGCACACAAGAAUCCACACUGGCGAGAAACCUUUUUCAUGCUCAAUUUGUGGCCAGAAAUUCUCUAUAAAGGGACACUUAAACAGUCAUACAAGAAUCCACACUGGCGAGAAACCUUUCUCGUGCUCAGUUUGUGGCCAAAAAUUCUCUCAGAGGGGAGCGUUAAACAGGCACACAAGAAUCCACACUGGCGAGAAACCUUUUUCAUGCUCAAUUUGUGGCCAGAAAUUCUCUAUAAAGGGACACUUAAACAGUCAUACAAGAAUCCACACUGGCGAGAAACCUUUUUCAUGCUCAGUUUGUGGCCAGAAAUUCUCUCGGAGGGGAGAUUUAAACACGCACACAAGAACCCACACUGGCGAGAAACCUUUCUCAUGCACAGUUUGUGGCCAAAGAUUCUCUGAGAGUGCAAGUUUAAAUAGGCACACAAGAAUCCACACUGGCGAGAAACCUUUUUCAUGCUCAGUUUGUGGCCAAAAAUUCUCUGAGAGGGCAAGUUUAAAUAGGCACACAAGAAUCCACACUGGCGAGAAACCUUUUUCAUGCUCAGUUUGUGGGCAAAAGUUCUCUCGGAGGGAAAAUUUAAAUACGCACACAAGAACCCACACUGGCGAGAAACCUUUCUCAUGCUCAGUUUGUGGCCAAACAUUCUCUCAAUGGGGAGAUUUAAAAAGGCACACAAGAAUCCACACUGGCGAGAAACCUUUUUCAUGCUCAGUUUGUGGCCAGAAAUUCUCUCUGAGUGGAUCUUUAAAAAUUCAUACAAGAAUCCACACUGGCGAGAAACCUUUUUCAUGCUCAGUUUGUGGCCAGAAAUUCUCUCAGAGGGGAGAUUUAAACACGCACACAAGAAUCCACACUGGCGAGAAACCUUUUUCAUGCUCAGUUUGUGGCCAAAAAUUCUCUAUAAAGAGACACUUAAAUAGGCACACAAGAAUCCACACUGGCGAGAAACCUUUUUCUUGCUCAGUUUGUGGGCAAAAGUUCUCUCGGAGGGAAAAUUUAAAUACGCACACAAGAACCCACACUGGCGAGAAACCUUUCUCAUGCUCAGUUUGUGGCCAAAAAUUCUCUCAAUGGGGAGAUUUAAAAAGGCACACAAGAAUCCACACUGGCGAGAAACCUUUUUCAUGCUCAGUUUGUGGCCAAAAAUUCUCUCACGAGGGAAAUUUAAAUAGGCACACAAGAAUCCACACUGGUGAGAAACCUUUUUAAUGCUCAGUUCGGCCAAACAGUCUCUCAGGGUAAGCUUAAUCAGGCACGCAGGAGCCCACACUGGAGAGAAACCUGUUGCCUGCUCAGUCAGUUGCCAAAGAGUCUCUAUUAAGAAUUCUGAGUGUUUUGGAGAGAUGAGCAAUGAUCCAUGGAGUUCUCACCUUCUUUUUGAGCAGACUUUAUGAGUUUAUGCAUCAAUAAUAGUUCUAUUCUAGUAUGCACCUUUUGAUUGAGAUGCUGAACUCCUUUCCUUUAAGUUCAAUUCAUUUUAGUUUUACCUAUGAAUUUGAGGAUAAAAUUAACCGGCCUCGGAAUGAUAAUAGUUUUGUAUGUUUCAUGAUACAGAUGUUUAUUUUGUUUUUAGUUGUGUGUUCAUAUUUAGGGCAAGUUGCUUGGUUCUUAUUAGUGUUGGUUCAGGAUUUUGUUUUGUUCAGCUUUUCAUGUUCAUGCCUGGAAAGCGGACUUUAAACCAAUGAUGAUGUGGAUAAAAAAAAAAUGAAAUAGUGUUGGAUAUCCCCCAUUUUUCUUCAACAGUUUUUUUUUGUUACUUUACGUUACUAAUAACAUGUUAAAAUGUACUUGAGGUGUAUUAAGACAUUUCAUUAAAAAGUUGUUUACUUCACAGUAUUGACGUCUCAA